AUGUAUUCGAACGAAUUUCGACCUUAUUUUAUUCUAAUCAAAAAGGAGGAGGAGAAGGGAGACAAAUUCGCGCGGGUAACAAUGGAAGUGAAGCAUAGAGCCACAAAGGAAGCACUCAAUCCAUUCACCAAGAAGACUGUGUACACGCAAACUUAUCCAACAAAGCUGAUUCCCGCUGCACCGAGAAAAGCCUGUUGUUACUACUGCUCUGCUUAA